GACGAAAGGAAAGGAGAAGAAGAGAAGAGUGAGACCGACGCAACGCAACGAAACGCGGUCUUCUCCUCCGUCGUCUCCAACCUCUCGUCCGCCUGCCAAAUAAAUCCAAGCCACAACCGCCGCUGUCUGCCCGUCAAUAAGUUUUUCUCCGCCAUUUUCCCCUCCGCGAGAAGCGCCUCGAGGUCCCCGUGUGCGGCUAGCUAGAUCGGUGGCGCCUCCCCUCCCUCCUCCCCCGCGGAAGGCGCUUCCCCCCCUUCAUUCCCGGAACCGAUUCUUGCAAGGGAUUCCUCGCUGCUCGGCUCUUCUUGAGGCAUGCAGAGCCAGAUCGUGUGCCAUGGGUGCAGGAGCGUUCUACUCUACCCCAGAGGGGCCCCGAGCGUGUGCUGCGCCGUGUGCCAUGCCGUCACCAACGCUCCGCCUCCAGGAAUGGAGAUGGCUCAGCUUAUAUGCGUCGGCUGUCGAACUUUAUUGAUGUAUACUCGCAAUGCAACUACUGUCAGAUGCUCAUGUUGUGAUACAGUCAACCUUGCCAGACCAGCACCGCCAGUGAAUAGUAUAGCUCAUGUGAACUGUGGCCAGUGCCAGACGGUGUUAAUGUAUCCAUACGGAGCAUCUUCUGUCAAAUGUGCUAUCUGCAAUUUUAUUACAAACAUUGGAAUGAACACCGUGAGACCUUUGCCACCUACAAUGCAUGCACCAAACGGAAUUUCAUAUAGUGUCCCAUCAACUUCUGCGCCAUCCACUCAGUCGCAGAAUGUAACGGUGGUCGUCGAAAACCCAAUGACAGUAGAUGACAAGGGAAAACUGGUGAGCAACGUCGUAGUCGGGGUUACGUCCGGCGGGAAAAAGUAGCGAAACAUGUCAGCAUUUGUACCAAGUGCGGCCCUGUUCUAUGUCUUAUAAUCUGGGGUUGGGAAGACUUUGUAUUAUACUCCUGUCUGGUGAUCGACCGAUCGGUUGCAUAGAAGAAAAACCUGAAGCGCGUAAAUGGACCGUGCUACAAAAGAAAAGAAAAAAAGGAGUGCGGGUGUGGAUAAUAUGGAGAAAAACUGUAUUUUGCUUACCCCCUUGAUUCUUUUGUAUGUAAAAUGUGGGCACUGUCAGACCUCACUGUGUGAUCAAAUCCUCUUUGUCCUGUCCUGUGUCCUAUCCUGAAGGGGCCUCUCGUUCUGGAUGAAUAAACAGCAAAUAGCUUUGCAUAUGACUGGCCCCACCUGUCGAUGAUUGGUAAUUAAAUGACGGUAAUUAUUGUGAUGAAUAA